AUGCCCCUACCUCGAUAUCGGCCCGUCCCCGAACACCUGAAAUACCGUGCUCCCGGCGUCUGCGAGAAGGUCCGAAAUCUCGUCUACGCCUCGAAACUAGUCAUGGAUUUGUCCAGCUUUGUCGAGAUUAAUGCCUUCAGAACGCCAAAGUUCGAUGAGUACACGUACCUGAUGGGCAGAUGCUACUGCAGCAGCGACAAAGAGGAGAUCAAAAAAGCCGCCAAGGCACUGUGCUGGUUCACUUACAGGACAAAUUUCCCCGCAAUUGGUGAGUUUGGAGGUGUAAUGGGGCAGAUUCAGAAGAUUGGGGGUAUUUGGAUGAGUUUUGGGGGAAAAAUUAUAUUGUAGUAGGCAAAAAUGAGAAAUUCUUGGAUUUUCUUGUGGUUUUUAUGAAUUUUGGCAGUGGUUUAGCUUUUUUUAAAAAAUCAAGUGUUUUGAGCAUUGUGAAAUGAGAGUUGGGCAUUUUUGAAAGAAAAAUUAUAUUGUAGUAGGCAAGAAAUCCAAUUUUUUGGAUUUUGACGGGUUUUUAGGGGUUGGUUUGAGGUCUCAAUGUUUUUGUUUAUAACGAAGAGUAAUUUUGAUUGUGGCGAAGGACAGAUUCGACACAAAAAAAUUAUAUUGUAGUAGCCAACAGUAUGAAAAAUUGAUUUUUUGAGUCAAUUUUAAGUGAUUUUUCGACAAAUUUUGAAUUUUUAUGUCUUGAAAAUAAUUUUUAAUGUGGGAUAUAUAAAAUUUAUUUAAUUCGGAUACUUGAUUUUGCGUAUUUUAUCAAAUUUUUCUCAAAAUUAUUAUAAAAUUGCAUUGUUCAGGUGGUGAUGGCCCCACUUCGGACAAAGGAUGGGGCUGCAUGCUCCGCUGUGGCCAAAUGCUGAUGGCCGAGGCCCUAAAAACGGUCCAUGUGGGCCGUGGAUGGGAGUGGAGCCCCAAUUCCACGGACCCCAAUUAUCGCCGCACCGUGCGCAUGUUCCAGGACAAGAGAACGUCGCUUUUUUCCAUCCAACAGAUCGCCCAGAUGGGCGUCAGCGAAGGGAAACGCAUGUGCGAAUGGUUCGGCCCCAACACGAUCGCGCAGUGCCUCAAGAAGUUGGCCAUCUACGACGACUGGUCCCAGCUGGUGGUUCAUGUCGCCAUGGACAACUUAAUGAUCGCCAGCGAUAUCAAAACCCUCGCUGCGACCCCGUAUAAAGAUGUGGUGCGUUUGAACAGAGAUUUGAGGAGAUUUGCAAAGGAAAAAUUGGAGUUUUAGAGGGAAUUUGAGGGAUUUAGGGAGAAAAAACGUGAAAAAUUUGGGGUUUUUGAAAUUUUAGAGAAGUUUUUGAUUUUUUAUCUAGUUUAUGAUGAGUUUUGAGCUUGAAAAUGAAGAAUGGAGAUUUGUGGAAAAUUUUGGGGCAGUAGAAAAUCAAAUAAUGACUUUUUUAGAGGGAUUUUGAGGGAUUUAGGGAGAAAAAACGUGAAAAGUUGGGAGUUUUUGAAGUUUUUGAGAAGUUUUUGAUUUUUGGUCUGGUUUAUGAAGUUUUUGAGCCUGAAAAUGAAGAUUGGGAAUUUGUGGAAAAUUUUGGAGCAGUGGAAAGUUAAAGUAGUCACUUUUUUGAUGGUUUAGGGAGAAAAAACGUAAAAAAUUGGGGGGUUUUUGAAAUUCUAGAGAAGUUUUUGAUUUUUUAUCUGGUUUAUGACGUAUUUUGGGCUGGAAAAUGAAGAAAUGGUAUUUAUGGGAAAUUUUAGACCAGUGGAAAGUUAAAGUAGUCACUUUUUUGAUGAUUUAGGGAGAAAAAACGUAAAAAGUUGAGAAUUUUUGAAAUUUUAAGGAAGUUUUUAGUUUUUGGUCUGGUUUAUGACGUGUUUAGGGCUGGAAAAUGAAGAUUGGGAACUCGUGGAAAAUUUUGGGGCAGUAGAACGUCAAAACAGUCAUUUUUUUUUUGUUGAUUUAGGCAUCAAAAACGUAAAUUUUAAUUUUGACUUUUUUAGUGGCAAAAGUAAAAAUUUUUAGGAUUUUUGGGCGUCUAGCGAUGGAAAAAGACUACUGGAAAAUUAAUUUUGUUUUUUUUAGCGAUCAAAAACGUUAAAAUUUAUGAAAUUCAUAAAUUUUGACGUUUUUAUCCAUAACUUUGGGAAAAUGGUCGAAAAUUGAUCGGAUUUUUUCCCGAAUCAUAGAAAAUGAAAUUUCAGACAGCCCCCGACGAAGAGAAACGCCAUAAACCCUCGGAUUCACCCACAAACGAGCCCUCAAACUUUCGGCCAGUACUUAUUUUAGUGCCAUUGAGAUUGGGUCUCACAACGAUAAACCGCGCCUACCUACCAUCGCUCCAAGCCUUCUUCAAACUCCCACAAUGCUGCGGAAUCGUGGGUGGACGCCCGAAUCACGCCGUGUAUUUCAUUGGCUUCAGUGGAGAGGAAUUGUACUACCUGGACCCGCACACAGCUCAACGAACCGUCGAUUUGGACGCAAAACCCUCGUCCAGCCCGGUGGAGGACAUGGUCGAGCUGAGGAAUGAGGAUUUGCAGGAGGGUAGGGCGAUUUUUUAGAGGAAAUUUGUGGAAAAGUUUGGAAUUUGGGGGGUUUAGGGAGAGAAAACGUGAAUUUUGAGGAAAAAUUUUUGAUUAUGGAUGGAAAACGUGAAAGUUUUUAAUAAAUUAGGUCGGAAAUGAAAUGGUAAAGCGAUUUUUGAAUGCCUGACAAAAAAAAAUUUGAUUUUGCCGUAAAUUUGAUCGUGUAUGGAGAAAAACGUGAAAUUUUAUGCAAAGCGUAAUUAUGGAGGAAAAACGUGAGAAAAUCUGGAAUGUUUUUACGGGAUUUUGAAUUUUGCGCCAUCAGCGGUCGAUUAGAAUAUGAAAAUUUUGGAUUUUCUCGAAAAUUUGAGAAUUUAUGGACAAAAAACGUUAAAUUUUAUGCAUUUUUUGAUUUCGUAUUUUAGGCCCGGCAAAGUAUGACGAUGAUGAACCGGAGGUCCUGGCGACUCAAGAAGACAUUGAGGACCUGGAAAUCGAAGAAAACUCGAACUCAAAUGACAGCAGUAAGAAGGAAAAUACUGUGGAAAAAGAGGAGGUUCCGGAGAAAAAAGUGGAAAAAACGGAGGAAAAUGUAGAUGAAAAAGAAGAGGUAGCAGAAGAAAAGGUUGUAAAAAAUGAUGAAGAAGAAGAAACGGGUAGUCCAAGCGGGUCCGGCGGGGAUUGCGAGCCUUUGGAACACGAGAAAGCCCUAAAAUAUCAGGAAAUUGAUGAUGCAGUCGAAAAAGACCAAUUUGAUGACUCCACAUUCCAUUGCGAUGACUUGCUUUACAUGCAUUUUGACUCUCUUGAUCCGAGUUUGGCAUUAGGAUUCAUUUGCACGUGUCUGGACGACUUUAAUGACCUAAUUGAAAGCUUGAAGGCAAGUGUAAUAUUGAUCAAAAAUUAUGUGAAAAUGGAACUAAUAUUUGGUGGUUAGGGUUUUAUGAGGUGUUUUAGGGGGUUUUUCUUACUUUGAGUUAGAUUUUUCGCCAAUUUUCACACCUUUUUUGUCAUGGAUAAUAUAAUUGAUGCCAAAAAUUUUGUGAAAAUGAGACUUAAAGUUGAUGAUUAAGGUUUUCUACGGUGUUGUCGAGCUAUUUUUUAUACUUUGAGAAUGAUUUUUUUGACGAUUUUGACUCCUUUUUUGUCAUGGAUAAUAUAAUUGAUGACAAAAAUUUUGUGAAAAUGGAGGUAAAAUUUGUUGUGAAGGUUUUAUAAGGUGUUUUAGGGGGUUUCCUUGCUUUGAGAAGGAUUUUGUGACAAUCUUGACACCUUUUUUUGUCAUGGAUAAUAUAAUUGAUGUCAAAAAUUUUGUGAAAAUGAGCCUUAAAUUUGAUGGUUCAAGUUUUCUAUAGUGUUGUCGAGCUAUUUUUUAUACUUUGAGAAAGAUUUUUUGCCAAUUUUGACACCUUUUUUUGUCAUGGAUAAUAUAAUUGAUGUCAAAAAAUUUCGAGUAAUGAUCGAUUUUAGGUGUGUCUAAACGUGUAAUGGGCUGAAAAUUAAAUAUUUAUCAUGAAUUUUAAUUUUGCGAAGCCUUUUUUUCAAUUUUUUAUCAACUUUUUCCCUCAUGGAUAACAUAAAAUUUCCAGAAUUGUGUCCUCCCCGCGUCCACUCCGCCAAUCCUGGAGAUCCUAGACGAACGACCGGCCAACUGGCCCAAAUUUAUUCCAUAUCAAGGCGCGUCGGAUCCCAUUCCAGUGGUGGAUUACGAGGAUUUCGCAGAUCCGGGCUUUGAUAGCGAUGAUAAUUUUGAAAUCCUCGAAUAA